AUGAGGUGUUUGUUGUUAUUAACAUGCCUAGUGCUGGUCUGCCAACCAGCCACCAUCCGUCGUCCAGCUGAAGUCAGUCUAAGACAAGGAAAACUGACUGGAUUCCAGUUCAAACUGCCCGAUGCUAGCGGCCGUAUCUCCAACAUCUUCCUCGGCAUCCCCUACGCUCAGCCACCAACUGGAGAGCGACGAUUCGAGAAGCCAGAGCCAGUAGAAGCUUCGGAACAGACCUUGGAAGCCACCAAGUUCUCGGCCGGCUGUGUCAGCUUUGCUCCAAUCAUGAACAACAGUAUCACUGAUCUGCCAAUUGCUGGCCCACAGAACAGUGAAGACUGUCUGUACCUCAAUGUGAUGACACCAUCUGAGAAGUCACCCUUCCCCGAAGGCUUCCCGGUCAUGGUAUUCAUCCACGGUGGAGGAUUUGCCGGAGGCAAUUCGGAAAUGUACGGAUUCCAAGAGUUGGCCAACGAAUUCAACGGCCUCGGUGUUACCGUAGUCACCAUCCAGUACCGUCUAGGAGUGUUCGGAUUCAUGUCGACUGGAGACGAAGCCAUGCCAGGCAAUCUGGGUCUCUGGGACCAGACCUUGGCACUGAAGUGGGUUCAGGAGAACAUCAAAGCCUUUGGCGGUAACCCCAACAAGGUUACUGUAAUGGGACAGAACGCUGGUUCAGCCUCAGUUGGAGCCUUGUCAUUGUCCAAGCACUCUCGUGACCUAUUCCAUCAAGCUAUUGAGAUGAGUGGUUCUAUCUUGUCAGGAUGGGCUUUGUCUGAUCGUGUAGUAGAUGCCUCUCAGAAGGUGGUUGAAGCCUCGAAAUGUCAAGGAAACAGUGCUGAGGUCAAAGAAUGCUUGAAGAAGAUGAAUGUGAACGAUCUGGUUAAGGCCGCUCAGACUGAAGGAUGGAGACGUGAUGAAGUUAACUUUGCCAAGUUCCAACCAAGAAUGGACGAUGACUUCUUCCACGGUGACAUCGAUACUAUGUUGCACGAUGCUCCCAAGAAGCCAACGAUUCAGGGAAUCAACAGUCAGGAGAGCAUGAUCAUGAGUAAGUUUUUGAAUUUUUAAAAUUUUUUUAAAAAAAUUUUUGAUUUUUUAAUUUUCGCAAUUUGAAUUUUGAUUUUUACGCAAAAUUUGGCAUUCUGUUGUUUAGCCCUUUCUUCUCUAAAACAACAUAAAAUGCAUUGAAAUAGCUCUUUUAGGUGUAAAAAUGACUUUUUUUUCUAUAUUUCAUAAACUAACUGCCACCUUUUUUAGCCAUGCCCUUCCCCGGAGCCCCAAAAACCAGCAAGUUCGUGAUCCCCAUGGACAAGAUCAACUCAUUCGGCCGUCAAGACCUGAUCAACUUUAUUGAAACCUACGUCGCCACUCCAGAACGCUUCGCUGAGAAGACCGACGAAGCCCGUAAACAAAUCAUCGCCUUCUACGUCGAUCGUAACGCUACAGAAGCCAUGGCCGUAGACCCACACUUCUACCUCACCCGCUACACUCAGCUCUUGUCCGACACCCAGUUCGCCAUGCCCGUGCUGAAGGAGGUGCGCAAGAAGAGCGAGGAGGGAUGGCCAGUGUUCCUGUACUUGUUGAACUGGUUGAGCCCUAAGGCCCAGCUGCCAGUGUUGGGAACAUACCAAACCUACGAGUUCCCAUACAUCUUCGGACUGUCGAUCACCGGCCCAUUCCAGUUCCAGCCUGAGGACAGGAAAUUGCAAAGUGUCAUCAUCUCGGCCUUGGUCAACUUUGUCCACAUUGGGUAAGGUUUAUCUUCUAUUAUUUUAGUUUGAAAUUUGAAUUUUGAAUUUCCCGCCAAACUUUGCCAUUAGGUUUUAAGUCAAUUUGAUUAAGAAAAACUAUUAAAAUUAACAUUUUUUUAAGUUGUAUUUUUUAAAAAUUUGAAUUUUGAUUUUCCCGCCAAACUUGGCAUUCUGUUUUAAGAGCCUUUUUACACUAAUAACUGCCAUUCUUUUGAUGUUUAAACUUUAAAAAAAACCUUUUGCAAGUUCAUGUUAAACCUUUUUCAAAACGACCUUUACAAUUGACUGAACUUGAGCUAAUUACACCACUUUCGUCACAGUUUGUGUAGUUUUAUUUACACUGCAAAAUCGUCUGACCAAAGGCGCACGUCAUUCAUUAUCAUUUUUUUAUGUACUUUGCUCUAGUUUUUUUACGUUAGAGUAACGAUCUGUGAUAUCAAAAAACCUAUUUCUAAACGAAACUUUAUCAAAAAGUAAAUUGUAGUAGGUGAUCUUGAUGUUAGAAGCCUCAUAACUGAGAAAAUAUACCUUGUAUAAGCCUAAAAAUAGCCUCAAAUGAAGAAAGGUCUUUAUUUUACCUUCUCCUUUUUCAGAAACCCAUCAUCCCCACUAGGCCCAUGGCCACACGUCACCGAAGAGCACCCCCUCGGCUUCUUCGACAUGCGCCCCGACCCAGUGCUCCGCGACAACCUGAUGUUGGACCGUCUGAUGUUCUGGCGAGAGAUGGGCAAACAGUUUGAUUUUGACCUAAUCAAGGACGUCGACCAGAGAACGGGCGCUCCCAUCAAGGCCUAA